AAAGGGAAACGCUUUCCCGCAUUGACCGUUGCUGUAGGAAUGCAGUUACGACACGUUAUGCGUAAAUGCAGAAUGCGCUGCUUACGCGUAGCGCACAGCGUUCCCUUGCUCGCGUGGAGUACGCUUCCGGCCGUAGGCGUGCAAUAAGUUACUGCCCUGAAGUCAGUGAGGACUUCGUCAGGCGAACAUGGCGACAGAGCCCUCUGUGUGCCAGAGAGUGCCGCCACUGCUCACGGAUUUGUACCAGUUCACUAUGGCAUAUGCCUACUGGCGAGCGGGCAGGCACAAUGAACACGCCGUGUUCGAGCUCUUUUUCCGGGACAAUCCAUUCGACGGCGGGUUCUCACUUUUUGCAGGACUGAGCGACUGUUUGAAGUUUCUGCGCGACUUUCGUUUCACAGAUGAAGAUGUGGAGUACUUGCGCACCGUGCUACCCUCAGACACACACCCUGAAUUCUUCACCUACCUAAAAGGGUUAGACUCCUCCACUGUGUCUGUCAGUGCAGUAGCUGAGGGCACUGUCGUUUUUGCCAGGAUACCUCUUUUGGAGGUGUCUGGCCCACUAGCUGUCGUUCAGCUGCUGGAAACCAGCCUUCUCUGUCUGGUCAACUAUGCCAGCCUGGUGUGCACAAAUGCUGCACGGUUUCGUCUAGCUGCAGGCCCCAGGCGGCGACUUAUAGAAAUGGGUCUGAGGAGAGCUCAGGGCCCAGAUGGAGGCCUGACUGCUUCUCGCUACACGUAUAUUGGAGGUUUUGACUUAACAACUAAUGCUCUGGCUGGGCGUCUCUUUGGAAUUCCAGUGGCAGGCACCAUUGCACAUUCUUACGUCACAUCCUUCUCCUCUCUUGAGGAGGUGUGUCCACAGACUCUGGUGCCCUUGAGAGGUGGUGACCCCGUUGAGCUUGUCCCUCUGGUAAAAGACUGGUUAGGACAUGUAUGUCAGUUACUAGGAGCUAAGCCAGAGCUGGUGCGUGAGGGAGAGCUUGCUGCUUUCCUGUCCUAUGCCAUCGCUUAUCCUUGUAACUUUCUCCCUGUGAUUGACAGCUACAGUGUCAGCAGUAGUGGCUUGCCCUGUUUCUGUGCUGUUGCCCUGGCGCUUUGUGAGCUGCAAUAUCAGCCUCUGGGUGUAAGGCUGGAUAGUGGAGAUCUCUGUAGGCAAUCUCUGGAAGUGUGUAAUGUUUUCAGACAGUGCAGCAAGCAAUUCUCAGUUCCUGCAUUUGAGUCACUCAUCAUUGUUGGUACGAACACUAUGUCUGAAAAAAGUCUUUCUGAACUCAACAAGAGAGAUAAUAAGAUUGAUGUAGUGGGAGUUGGAACUCAUCUUGUUACAUGCACAAGUCAACCCUCACUUGGUUGUGUAUAUAAGCUGGUAGAGGUUGGAGGUCGGCCUAGGAUGAAGCUGAGUGAGGACCCAGAGAAAAGUACACUGCCAGGCAGAAAGGCAGUAUACAGACUGCUGGACACUGAUGGUCAUCCUCAAAUGGAUCUCAUAUGCCUAUCAGAGGAGCCUGCCCCAAAGGUGGGAGAGCCCUUUAAUUGUCACCCUUUAGGGCUAGAUAAGGCUGUCCAAUCAAUCACACCUGCCCAGGUGACAAACCUACAAUUAGAUGUCUUCUCCCAUGGAGAGAUUAUGCUUCCCCUGUGCAGUGCAUAUGAGAGUCGAGUACAUGCACAGACCUCCAUUCAGGCCUUGUACCCCCAUCACAAAAAACUGGAGGAGCCAGUGUCUUACACAGUGGCUGUGUCAGAGAGAAUUUAUUCUCUUAUAUCUGACAUCAGAAGAGGAAUCAGCUAACACAGCAAUUUCCUGUUCCCAGCUGAGCCACCAAGCUUCAUCUUUGGCAGAGACUGUUUUGUAUUACACAUUUUUGCACAGUUGUACUCUACUACUAUCAUGAUUCUGUGCUUAUGUAUGUUUUAUGAAUAUGUUGACUAUCCUUAUAUUCUACUAAGGAUACCAUUAUGCUAGUAAUAAAAAAAAUCUGACCUCUC